AUGGCUUCCAGAGAUCAAAUGCUUUGUCUCAAUAUCCUCGGCUACAAGAGAGAUGGCAUUACUACGGAUGAGUACCGCGACUAUAUGGUCAACGUACAUGCAAAGAUCGUUCGUGAGCUUAUGGAGAAAUAUGGAAUCAAGCAGUGGAGCAUGUCGCACCCAGUGGACGAGUCUCCAGCUCUUAUGGCAAAGAUCUUUGACCCGCAAUUCUCUAACGUUGCAUCCUAUGAUUGCUGCGUGUCAAUUGUUUUCCCUGAUAUUGAUUGCUUUGUCCAAAUGAAGGCAGACCCGUAUUUCAAGAUGAACGUGGGGCCUGAUCACGAGAAAUUUGCGGACACAAAGAGGUCGCAGAUGAUGAUAGGGUAUUGGACACCGGUCAUGGAGGAUGGACAGCUUCUUGCUUCCAGUGAGUAA